GAGCAGGCAUUCCUGCACACAGGACUUGAGAGCUUGUCUACACACCCACAUCAGGUAUACACACAUGCACACACGGCCAAGGAAAGUUUAACACCAUCAGUGUUAGUAGUGAUGUGGCGGUGCGUGCCUGGAGACAGUAUUGCUGCGGGAUCUCCAACAUCUUACUAUUUAAACAACCUGAGAACACAUCACACAUUCAGAAAGACUUUAGAAGAUAUGACAGCCAAACUGAAUACUAGUUUCUGUUAGUUCAAGACAGCAGCAGAAACCAAAAAAAAAGUUUUUUCUUGACGGCAUCAGUGGACAUUGACCCAAAAGACGAAGAAAUCCCUCCUGGUGCUUCCUCAGACAGUCACUACAUCUGCACAGGAGGUCAUGGCUAGCCCAGUGCGGGUCCCCCCAGACACUGCCUUGCUCCAGACAGCACGCACUUUCUCCAGUUUGUCCGAAAACUCUUUGGCUGUUCUGAAAACAGAAGAUGGGACAGUGGAGACUCUGGAGCUGGUGGACAAUAAGCCACGACUGGACAGUACUGAUCGUGCCCUUCCAGGACUCUACCUGUCCUGUUUUGACAUGCUGUUCACUGAAGAUGCCACAUGGUUGGUGAGAGUGGCGGACUCCUCUGCAUCAGUUGCUAGUGGACAUAAUCCGGGACCAUGUCCAGAGCCAGAACAGUGCCCUGUGAUUGACAGUCCUGGAUUAGGGACUGAGCCACUGUCCCCUGGUCUUGAAGAGCAGGUGGAGGAGAGAUCUUUGGAACAAGUACAGAGCCUUGUGGUGGGAGAAGUGCUAAAGGACAUUGAAACAGCCUGUAAGCUGCUGAACAUCACACCAGAUCCGGUGGAGUGGAGUAGUGGAAAUGUUCAGAAGUGGCUGUUGUGGACAGAGCACCUAUAUCGACUCCCUCAGGUGGGCAAAGCAUUUCAGGAUCUGAAUGGAAAAGACUUGUGUGCCAUGACUGAGGAAGACUUUCGGCAGCGUUGUCCACAGUGUGGUGACACACUCCACGCUCAUCUAGAUAUAUGGAAAUCAGCUGCCUGGAUGAAAGAGAGAUGUUCAUUAGGAGAGUGCAGAAUCACAGAGAGAGAGGAAUUGUGGUCAGAAGCUGAUUCUUCUUGCUCCGGUCAGCCAAUCCAUUUGUGGCAGUUUCUCAAAGAGCUCUUGCUUAAACCACACAGCUAUGGGCGCUGCAUCCGCUGGCUCAAUAAAGAGAAAGGUAUUUUCAAAAUUGAAGAUUCUGCUCAUGUAGCACGACUCUGGGGUCUGAGGAAGAACCGGCCAGCAAUGAACUACGACAAGCUUAGCCGCUCCAUAAGGCAGUACUACAAGAAGGGAAUCAUUCGCAAACCAGAUGUGUCUCAGAGACUGGUCUAUCAGUUUGUCCACCCAGUAUAAGUCCAACAACAGUCCAACAAAUACAAGAUGACAGAUUGUUUGCUAUGCACUGACAAACUGCCUAAGAACUAGAGUCUAUGUGCUCUAGUCCUUUUCUGUGUUUAACUCAUGUUUUGGUCUGGACUCUGUGUUGAGUGGAUUAAAUAAUGCUUUAGUCCAAGUGCCAUUGUGGAAUGAAAUGUGACCACUUUUACAUGAAGAAUCUGGUUCUAAUCUCAAUAAAACAUUUUACAUAAGACAUUUUAUGACUAUAUACUGUAGGUCACAUAAAAUUCUUGGCUAUCCGCAGUGUCUGCCUGUCUCCAUCUAUCAGUUAGCUUAUUAGCAAAGAAGAACUUAAGCAAUAACCUAGAAUCAUUUUUUUAGGCACUUACUAAAUGUGGAAACAGGUUUAAAACAUAAAAUUUGCUUUUAUUUCUUUUUUAUUGUAAAUUAUUUCUUUAGUUCGAACACUGACAUUCAUCAAACACUUGUUCUUCUCUGACAGCUUUCAUAGCACUAUGUCAAUGCUUGCAAAUUAUGUUUGAGCAAACCUCCACUCCCUGUGCGAAUAAGUAGCCAACUCAGGCACAUGUUUGGGUUUGGUCCUGGCCUUCGCCCAACUCAGCUCUUUUUUUUUUUUAAGGCCUAAUCACACAGCAAACUUAACCCUUAAAUUAUACAAAUUAAAAUUAACCCUCCCUUAAGGCAUCAACAGUAAAGAAAGUCUUCACCUCAAUGAGCUUCCAUAAAUGGUCAUCCUCCAUUGGAAGCUCAUCUUGUGCUCUCUCUGAUGAGCUGCAAAAGGCAAACUUGCUAGCUAAUGACUAUUGUUAAUAGUGACAUGUUCUUAGAAAAGGUCUUAUAAGAAUGUUCUUUUCAAGUUAAUAGUUAGGUAAAUGGUUAAUGUUUUAAGGAACUGUAAUGAAUUAAUGUAAGUGUAAGUGCAUGUGUGGGUCUGUGCUUUUACUUUUUCACUGGAUUUCUUUUAUGCAGUGUCUGCCAUUGUUAAUUAUAUAAUGAUUUGUUAAUACAUUGACAUAAAAACUUUCUGUUA